AUAGGGAGAGCGCAGGGGAGAGCCGGGGGUGCAUCCAGCGUGCGUGUGGCUAGGCGUGCUGGCGGUGCUACAACCGCAGCAGCAGCAGCAGCAGCAGCAGCAGCAGCAGCAGCUGACCUCUCUGAUUGUCUGGUGCCGCAGCCUGUGGCGUGGUUUCUUGACUCGGGCGUGCAUGUGCUCAAGGUGGCGGCUUCUGUGGACUACUCUGCUGCUGUCGACUGCCUGGGGCGGGUGUUCAUGUGGGGUUCAGGCUACUGCGGGUGUUUGGGCAAUGCCAGCGAGGCCAAUGAGUGCUGCACGCGUUGUGGAGGGGCUCCUGCAUACUCGAAUAGUGCAGGUGACUCUGGGAAAGCGCAAGACUCUGGCGUUGGACGACCAGGGCCGGGUGUUUGCCUUCGGGUGGACAGCCUUUGGAGGGCUCGGAGUGGCAACCGGGCGCGACAAGGUGUUUGCUCCCAUGGCGGUCGAAGCUCUGGAGGGCAAGAGGGUGGUGCAGAUAAGCACGGGGGCGUAUCACACCAUCGCUUUGUGCCGUGACGGCACCUGCAUUGGCUUUGGAGACAACGAGCAGGGGCAGCUGGAGCUGCACUGAAGCACCAACCGUGGGCUCCUUGCAUUUGUGGCGCCUCAGGAGCAUUGCCUUCUGCCGUGGCGGCACCUGCAUUGGCUUUGGAGACAACGAGCAGGGGCAGCUGGAGCUGCAUCGGGCCUGCGCUGAAAGGCUGAUGCGCUGAAAGUCUGAUGCGCUGAAAGGCUGAUGCGCUGAAAGGCUGAUGCGCUGAAAGGCUGAUGCGCUGAGAGGCUGAUGCGCUGAGAGGCUGAUGCGCUGAGAGGCUGAUGCGCUGAGAGGCUGAUGCGCUGAAAGGCUGAUGCGCUGAAAGGCUGAUGCGCUGAAAGGCUGAUGCGCUGAGAGGCUGAUGCGCUGAAAGGCUGAUGCGCUGAAAGGCUGAUGCGCUGAGAGGCUGAUGCGCUGAGAGGCUGAUGCGCUGAAAGGCUGAUGCGCUGAAAGGCUGAUGCGCUGAAAGGCUGAUGCGCUGAAAGGCUGAUGCGCUGAAAGGCUGAUGCGCUGAAAGGCUGAUGCGCUGAAAGGCUGAUGCGCUGAAAGGCUGAUGCGCUGAAAGGCUGAUGCACUGACAACGAGCAAAGGCAGCAUUGCCCCGCUGCUCGUUGGCGGCACCUGCAUUGGCUGCAGUGGCAACGAGCAGCGGCAGCUGGAGCUGCAGUGAAAGUGCUAUGCUGUGCUGCGCCGUUGGGUGCAUAGGUGACUUUUGAGUCGACUUACAGUAGAAUUCACCAGGCGCAACUAGAGCUGCAAUACACUAUGCACUCAUCGUGCUGUGCAGCAGCAUGACUGAAUGCACAGCACCUGUACUCUGCAUUGCACUCGGCGACAACCGAUUGGGCCAGCUGGAGCAAGCUGCAUUGCUUUUGUACAGAAGUUGAGUGCUUCAGUGCUGAAAGGAAAUGGUAUUUCCUUAUCACGGGUUUUAGUCAGUAACGGGUACACAUCAGGCCUCUGGAUAGGAUUAAAAGUACUCUUUCUUGUAAGGGUACUCGCUUGCUGCCACUUUUUCUGUAAGGGUAUAUUUUAAAGCUACUUUGUAAUAUAAGGGUCCUAAAUAU